AAGUCACUUCUUUCCCACAUCUUUUGAAAGCUUUAUCCAAACUGCCAUCAACUACCCAUACCUCCACAAUUAUAAAUCCUUCAUUCUCCUAAGUAAUAAGGCCAAGAAAAUACCCCACAACAAGAUAAUGAGGCCUCUUUGCACCUCUUUUUUCUUCUUCUUCUUCUUCUUCUUCCACGCCAUCAACGGCCACAAUCUCAUCCAUGAAACCUGCAAGAUGUGCGCUCAGAAGGAUCCGAACCUCAGCUACAACUUCUGCGUAACCUCCCUCCAAGCGGUUCCGAAGAGCGGCUGCGCCAAUCUCCGCCAUCUCGGCACUAUCUCGAUCAGGUUAACGAAGCAGAACGUUACAGCGACGAGGCACCGCAUCAAGAAGCUCUUGGAGAAGAAAAAUUUAGACCCUUUUGUUAAAGGGUGCUUAAAUGACUGCUUUGAACUUUAUUCAGACGCCAUUCCUUCUCUGAAAAAGGCCUUGAAAGCUUACAAGGGUAGGCGCUAUCAAGAUGCCAACAUCGCUGUGAGUUCUGUCAUCGACGCUGCCACAACUUGCGAGGACGGAUUCAGUGAACAGGACGGCAUCGUUUCGCCGUUAACAAAGAGUAAUAACGACACCUUUCAGCUCUCUGCUAUCGCGCUUUCGAUUAUCAAUAUGCUAGGUUGAUAUUCUUUUAGUAGAUCACAUAAAUAUUGUUUCAUGUUGAUUUUAAUUAAUUUUCUUUUGUUGUCAGGUUUGUUCUGAUAAUAUAAAUUAUAUAAGUGAUUUUUCUUAUGCUUAA